AUGGCUGCGAAAGCUGUGGUUAGCUCUACCCUUGCGUUGAGAAUUUUCGCACUGUUCUUUUUAAUUGGUUCACUGGUGGUACUAGUAACAAAUAAUUUCACCUUUGUCGAUGUGCACAAAAUAACUUUCAAGGAUAUAGCUGCAUACAGGUAUGUGUUUUCAGCUGCUGCUAUUGGGGCAUCAUUUACUCUAUUAUACAUCCCUUUCGUCAUCUACCAUGUUUACAGGGCAAAGGGGACAAUACUCCCCGAAUUUUUGCUCAAUUUUGACUAUUAUGCAGAUAAGGUAAUUAACAACCUGUUGGCUGCUGGAGUUGGUGCUGCUUUUGCAUAUAGCAUGGAGUUGAAGAAAUUUCUUAGUGGCCUUCUCGAUAGCCUAAUAGUUAUUGGAGUUCCUGAUGCAGAUAAACUGAAAUCAGAGGCAACUAAAUUCCUUGAUAGGGGGAGUUUUGCAUCCAGUCUUUUGCUCAUUGGAUUCGUUUGCAUGACGGUGCUUUCAAUACUUUCCUCCGCCAAGCGAACAAAGAAUACAAGAGAUUCUUCGUAUUAA